AUGCCAAAUGAGUUUGCGUUGAUGCCAAAUGAGUUUGCCUUGGUGCCCAAUGAGUUUGCCUUGGUGCCCAAUGAGAUUGCCUUGGUGCCCAAUGAGUUUGCCUUGGUGCCCAAUGAGAUUGCCUUGGUGCCCAAUGAGAUUGCCUUGGUGCCCAAUGAGUUUGCCUUGUAUAUUUUCAAAUCAGAAGACUAUGAAAAACCUUUUUUCAGCACCUAUCUUAAAACUACAAUGUUUAUGUUGUAUUUACUUGGUUUUUUAUUCUGGAGACCUUGGAAGGACCAGUGCUGCACUCGAAGAGUCAAAUCAAUUCCAUUGAAAAUAGAUAUUGAGAAUCCAACAGAUGAGAGUGAUAUUGAUCAUGAUAAUCCUCUGAGUGAACCUCUCUAUGUGCCUGUCAGGUUCGAUGACAGUGAUAAAGACAGUACACCAAGUAAUAAUAGUAGUUAUAAUGAUCUUUCAGAAAUGGAAAAAAAGCAUAUUAAUAAGAAAGGAGUGCGUUUUAGUAAUGUCAUGGAAGUCAGACAUUUAUCAGAUACGCAGGCAGAGGCGGCUAAACAAGCACGUUUGUCGUACGCUGCAUCGUUACGUGUUAAGGAAGAUGACAUGAAGGCUGCAAACAAAUUAUCAGUUCCAGAAGUUGCAAAACUUAGUUUAUUAUUUUGUUUAGUGUUUUUUCUUGGUAAUUUUUCAUAUCAAGAGGCCUUAGCAGACACCCAAGUCGCUGUGGUUAAUAUACUUUCAUCAACAUCAGGUUUAUUUACACUGGUAUUAGCUGCCAUGUUUCCUAGCUCUCAUGGUGAUAAGUUUACUUUAACCAAACUUGUAGCUGUUCUUAUUACUAUAAGUGGUAUAGUACUCGUGAGUUUAUCAAACAACACAUCAGACAACGACCAGGUACAGCUGGGUGCAAUAUGGGCAUUAUGUGGUGCUUUGCUUUACGCUAUUUAUCUUGUUUUGCUAAAAAGAAAAGUUGAUAAUGAAGAAAGGCUUGACAUUCCUAUGUUUUUUGGAUUUGUUGGUCUGUUUACCUUUUUAUUAUUGUGGCCAUGUUUUUUUUUACUUCAUUAUACACAUCUCGAAAUGUUCCAACUGCCGAAUAAGAUGGCCUGGUUAUAUCUGGUUAUCAAUGGUGUGGUGGGUACAGUGUUGUCAGAGUUCCUCUGGUUAUGGGGAUGUUUCCUGACGUCAUCACUGAUUGCUACAUUAGCAUUAAGUUUAACAAUUCCUUUAUCAAUGUUGUUAGACAUCUUCUUUAAUCGGGUGAUGUUUAACUGGAUGUUUUUUGUUGGUACCGUGCCUGUGUUCUUAUCAUUCUUUGCUGUGGCUCUACUCAGCCAUUAUGAUGACUGGGAUCCAGUCUUAGUGGCACUCAGGCGUCUCAUGUUCUGCUUUUGUCGGAGGAGAACUACACGAAGACUUCCUGAAGACAGAGAACAGAGAGAAAGUCUUAUUGGUAUGCAUUCACUGGGAGAGGCAAAAGGAGCUCAUUAGAUUGUUGUACAUAACAGAAAAGAUAAAUAC